UCUGCUGGGCCUAAAGACACCCCAGCUUCAACACAAUGCCCACUCUGCCCUCCUCCCCCCUUUCCACCUCUUUACCCCUGUCCUCCUCUUCCUUCCCCCUCUCCAAUGCCACCUAUCCCCCCUUUACCUCCUCCUCUCCAAACCAGACCCUAUGUAAUCUAGAUGACGGUGCCCUGCGCCUCCCCCUGGUCUUCUUCUACUCCCUCUUCUUCCUCCUGGGUCUGGUAGGUAAUCUCCUGGCCCUGUGGGUCUUCGUCUUCCUCCACUCCAGGAGGAACUCUGUCCGGGUGUUCCUCAUCAACGUGGCCAUAGCUGACCUGGUGCUCCUGGCCUGCCUUCCCUUCAGAGUCCUCUACCAUGCUAACGGCAACCGCUGGGUCCUCGGCCCCCUGGUCUGUAAAGUGGUGGGCAACCUCUUCUACAUGAACAUGUAUAUCAGUAUCACUCUGCUGGGGUUCAUUAGUCUGGAUAGGUAUGUGAAGCUGAAGGGGCGGGGCGGAGCGGGGAGGGGCCUGGCCAGGAGGCUGAGAGGUGGGGGAUGGAGCUGGGUGGCGUGCAGGGCGCUCUGGGGGCUGUCCCUGGCGGCGGCCGUGCCCAUGAUCGCCAUGUCGGAGGGAAACGAGGAACCUGGGAAGUGUUUCCAGUAUAAGCAACGACGUGGGGCGAAGGGGAAGGCUUACUUCAACAUGGCUCUGGUGCUGCUGUUCUGGGGGGUGCUCUGCCUGCUGGUGGUCUCCUAUGGGAAGAUAGCCAUGCGCCUCCUCAAGGUGUCCAGGGAUAAACCGGACCUCCCCAAUGCCCACCGCUACGGUAGCGCCGCCAGGAAGUCCUUCUUCGUGCUAUUCCUGUUCACCGUCUGCUUCGGGCCCUACCAUGCCUUCCGCCCAUUCUACGUCCUCUCCCAGCUCAGCCAAUCCCCAUCCUGCGAUCACUUGCGCCUGGUGGACAGGACCAAUGAGGUCAUGUUGUUGUUCUCCGCCUUCAACGCCGUCCUGGACCCUGUGAUGUACUUCCUGUUGUCGGGCUCGGUGCGUAAGGCCGCCGUGAAAGCCCUCGGACAGAGCCUCGGCAACCAGCUCCACUUCCUUAACGACGGGACCUCCAACAGCUCGGUAUCAGAGUUCAGACGGACCUCUCUGUCCGUUACCUCCCCCAACACUGUCAUUAACCCCUCCCAUGAGCCCAGGACCAGCCUCUGUCUGAUUAGCCCCACCCUCCGCCCAGGCGCAGCCAUAGUGCCAAAGCAGUGAAUUUACAGACCUCAUUGUUUAACUUCAUGGACUUUAGCUCUAUUUACAUUAUAAUGUAUACCAUGUCCUCAACAACUGAUGCAUGUGACAAGGGACAAUGUCUUGAACUAGACUCAGUUUCCAAGAAUGGACCUGACCAGAUGUCCUGAAUCAAAGUGAUACACACUACCGUUCAAAAGUUUGGGGUCACUUAGAAAUGUCCUUGUUCUCGAAAGAAAAGCAAUUUUCUCAACGCAAAACCCCACUCAACGCAAAACCCCAGUCUCAACGCAAAACCCCAGUCUCAACGCAAAACCCCAGUCUCAACGCAAAACCCCAGUCUCAACGCAAAACCCCAGUCUCAACGCAAAACCCCAGUCUCAAC